AUGCAGACUUUCACCCUCAUCAGCGCCAUCGCCGCCCUCGCGACAUUCGCCCAAGCCGGCACCAUCCAGGCCCGCGACAUCACGGUCGACCUCUGGAGCGACUGGAACUUCGCGGGCACCCAUUGGGUCCUGAACGCCCCCAACAACCAAUGCUACCAAAUCAACGGCGCCGAGAACGACCACGUCAGCUCUUUCGCGGUGCACGACGGUCACACUUGCAGAUUCUUCAAGAACUACUCUUGCUCGGGUGACCACUGGGACUCCUCCGCUGGUGGCAAGCAGAACAUGCCGAACGGUUGGAACGAUGCUGCCAGCUCCAUCCAGUGCUGGUAA